AAACAAUCACACACAAACACACACGUUGAUGACGUAUUGCUGCGUAAGUACAGAGGGCUUUUCCGGUCGUGUUGUGAAACAGGUUUUAGGCUUUUCUUUUUCGGUGAAAGUUGUUAAAGUAUAAUUUCAGCGGGGUUGGGGUUGAGUGCCGGGACUAGUUUGGUGUGUUGGAGGGACAGUCUGUAUUCCUCCGCUUCUGUGUGAGUGUUGGAGCAAAAAGACCCGGAUGGACUGUCAUGGCCGCCGUGGCUGUGUUCCUCAGAGAGGAGGAGGAGGAAGACUGUCGGUGAAGCUGUGUGUGUUUCAGCCGCAGCUUUAAUGUCCGCCGCUGACGGGACGGAGGAUCUACCUGUUCACACUUAAGGGUAUGGCUCGAUUAAUUUACUAAAACUUUGAGCGUGUUGGCUCCAUUACGGUGUGAGAUAAGUGCUCAUUAAACUCCAUACACACUCUUACACACUCACAGGGAGCAGCAUUGGCUCUCAGAGCUCAAUGUUAUAACAUACACACAGUCUCAGGUCAGUUUAACAGACACAGAGUGAGUUUGCUUUAACUACGGUCAGUUUGAGUGUGUGUGAGGCGUUUACUGACGCUGCCUUCAAACGCCUUUAAACUUCACACACUCACACACACACUCACACACACGCUCUGUCUGCAGGAUGGAGGGAUGGACACCCUAUCGUUACGGUCCACACUGUCUCUGUGUGUUGUCGUCUUGGACUGGGACGGUCCCGCAUUGUCCCCGAACUGGUCUGGUGUCAGUCCUGGCGCUUUUAGUGUUGGUUCAGUGUUCAGGUUCUGAGUACAGAUGCGUCGCAGACUGUCCAACUUUUCUUUUACUCUGCAGCCUCGUCUGUUUUUGAGCGUGGUGCAGUUUACCUGUGCAGGUGUGCACCCCUGUCCGUGUGCAUAAUGUUUACUUUGAUGGUCAUUAAAUCUCAGAGCUGCAGUUUAAUUUUAUUAAACAGUGUCCUGCAUGUUUUUUUUACAGUGAGAUGUUAAAGUCAUUUAAAAUAAGCUAUUUGUAGCUUUUAUGACUAAAGUUGCAGCAGAAGGGAUGUUGAAUUUGUAUCUCAAACGAUGUUGAAUUAAACGUUGUUACAAUGUAGUUAAGUCUGAUCUGUCAUAGUCACGGCAGCCAUUUUUUUCUCCAACAUGGCCGCCGCUGUGUAGAUAGAUUACAGAGAGCAGUGAACUCAUAAUCCCUGAUGAAGACUAUUGAGGAGGAAUGAUGGGAGAUUUAAUGUGUUGAAAACAAAGUGUGUGUGUUUGUGUGUGUGUGUGUGUGUGUGUGUGUGUGUGUGUGUGUGUGUGUGUGUGUGUGUGUGUGUGUGUGUUAAGAUAAACAUCAACUUUGACAGAAAGUAGUUUCAUGACAUAAACACAGAAAUUUAAUUUUUUUGGAGUCUAAACCUUUAAUGAACUAUGAGAUUUUACGCUUGUGAUGUGUUAAUGUUCCCCUCAAAACAUCUAGUGGACAUGUUCUACAAAAUGCAUAUUGCUGAUCUUUCUCUGAGACCAUGUAAUACUCCCCCUCUGCACACUUUCAUCCAUGUUUGAUCAUGAGAAUAAUCAGUUUGUUGAGCAGGACGCUUCUGCCCAAUAAAAAAAUCUCUGGAUUGGUUGUAAAGGUGUAACAGCUUUCCAUAUUUACAUCACUGUGAUGAAGAUAGUGAUAGGGUGCUGAAAGAUACAGAUAAACAUCAGCUACCAGUGUGAUGAUGUCUGUCAGCAGGGUUAAGGUAUGCUCAUACUGAUGUUCAACCAUCUCUUGGUGCAUCCCCAAUUAAAGCUCCUGUGAGAAACAUUUGGUUUGUGUCAAUUUUUGUGCCACCUGUGGACAAACCAGUCUUCGCUUAGCUUGUUCUUCACAUGCUUAAGUUGUGUCUUUUCACAGAAACCUGUUGAUAGUCAAAUAUAGAGCGAGAUGAUUAAUAAGCUCUGAAUUUCAAUUGUAAAUUUGCCCCCAUGAUCAUAAAAGUAUUGUCAUGGAGACUGAAUGAUAAUUGUGCUGCCUUCUUUGAUGCCACCAUUAUUUCUCGUUCAACGCAUUCUCUCACUCUUCCAAGCUCCGAUAAGCUUUAAUUAAUGUUAGACAAAGUUUGGGAGUAUGAGGAUGCUUUGGCCCCUGCAAAGAUUUAUGGUGGACUGCUUUAUCUUCAACAUGAUGUGCAGCAGCCAUUAAAAAGGUGGUGAGAGGAGAGGAGAGGAGGUAGAGGAGCAGAAAGAGGAGAGAGAAAGAGCAGGUUGAGGUGCAGAAGGGGGAGAGGAGAGCAGGUAGGAGGAGAGAGAGGAGCAGAAAGAGAAGAGAGAAAGAGCAGGGAGAGGGGCAGGAGGAGGGAGAGAAGAGCGGGAAGAGGAGCAGAAAGAUAAGAAAGAAAGAGCAGGAAGAGGGGCAGGAGGGGGGAGAGAAGAGCGGGGAGAGGAGCAGAAAGAGAAGAGAGAAAGAGCGGGAAGAGAGGCAGAAGGGGGGAGAGAAGAGCAGGGAGAGGAGCAGAAAGAGAAGAGAGAAAGAGGAGGAGAGAGGAGAGCGUGAGAGGAGGAGGGGGAGAGCGGAGAAGAGCAGGAACAGAAGAGAAAAAGAGCAGGGAGAGGGGCAGGAGGACGAGAGAGGAUAGCAGGGAGAGGAGCAGAAAGAGAAGAGAGGAGAGCAGGGAGAGGACAAAGGGGAGGUGCAGGAGAAGGCAGGUGGAGAGAGGAGAGCAGAGACAGGAGGAGGAGAGAGGACAGCAGGAAGAGAAGCAGGAGGAGGAGAGCAGGGAGAGGAGCAGGAGGAGAACAAGGUUGGCUGCAAUUCUCCAAACUAAGCUACGAAUGAACAAUGCUGCAGGGGAAUAUGAACUCAUGCUCCCUUCUGGUUGAACCACCAAGUCUUCGUGGUUUGGGUAGUUUCUUGAACACAUUCAUCUCUAGGGAUGGUUCAAUUUUCUUUAAAUGUGGAGACUGACUUUCCAUCAACAAUUCUUACCUUUAGUUUUCAUUCUUGCAUUAAAGUAUAGGCUUUUUAUGUUUUGAUUUGUAAAUGUUACUGUGCACAUUGUGAAUGUUGCACUGCAACUUGAUUUGAAGAAAAUCGUGAAUCGAAUUGAAAUGGCAAUUUCUGCCAGAAAAAUCGCAAUCCGAUCUUUUCCUAAAAUCGCUCAGCCUCAAGAAGAAGGGUGAGCUUCCUUCAAACUUAAGGACCUAACAGGGGCAACACAGCAGGAGGCAAAAUAAUUGAUAAGAAGAGCUUUGUCAUAGUUGUUAUUACAAUUAAUUGUCCAGCUUUAACAUAAGGCAAACGGGUAUUGCCAUCAAAGUGUAUGAGGUGACGUGGGUGUCCUCAAAUGUUGUUUUUUAAUGUUGCAGGAAUAGGAGGAUUAAUAGGAAUGUUUUAAAACUACAAACUGUACACCAGAUGCCACUGCCUGUCAAUAAAAACAAAGACAACUUUAGUGAAAUGUGAAAAAUGACAGAACUGCAGGGAAACAGCAGAAAUACUUGUGCAUGCAGGGCACAGUUAAUCUAUUAGGUAUCUGAAUUCAACAGCCACUGAUGUGUCGUCUGUUUUCAUAACUCUUAUCUCUGCACCUAAGGCAGAAAUAAACAGACCAUUGUGUUUUUUGUCUGUCUCUUUUUUUUACAGGUUGCAGGUCCAAAGUACCAGCUGAUCUUCCUCAGACUCAGAGGGCAUAAAUGAUCCUGACUAUCCUGGAAAUACACAGGUAAUAACUUUGCAGCUAAUAAACAGGGUUAGCAGUCCGAACAGUAAAUCAUGGAGGGAUUAAAUACAAAAUAAACAUAAUUAUUCCUUUUGAUCACAGGUUUUUUAUUCUAUCUUUUUGCUGCUGUGUUAAAAAACAACAAUGCCACUGCACUUUUGAACAACACAUUUCUCUUGAAAAAACUCCCUGACAGUCCAGUCAAAAAUAGCAGGAGUCAAACAGAAUUAAAAUAACACUUAAGUUGUUUGAACUUCAAACUACAAACUAAGCAUGCAGGUGUUAGUAAUCAGACCGAUAUUAAGGCAGCCACUAGUGCUUAGCAAUUUUAUGGAUUCUGGACAUUAUAAAUCAAUAUUUUUUCCCCAGAAAGUAUAAUUUUUCAGAUGCAAAUAUCGAUACAUUAAGUCUUAUUAAAAUACUCCUUGUUCCGCCCAGCACUCUGCUAGCUGUCCCCCCUUCCUUACCCUGUUUGCUUUGCAGGAAGAGCGGUAAGGUCAGCCAGCCGCUGGUGUUGCUGUAAAGCAUUUCUAGCAAGUAUCCCAUCUAGAUACUGUCUUUACACAGAAGAAGAGGACAUUCAAGAAAUGGAGGGGAAUAUAACUCCAGCACUGUUAUGCUCAAAAGUAGGAACGCAUCGAAAAUUUGGCCACCAAAAAUCUUUGGCUGAAGAUGGCCCAAAAGUGCAUUUUCGGUUUUCGGCUGAAACACUUUUCUCAUUGAAACAACAUGGCCGAAACAAAUGUAGUGAUGACACAAGCAAAAACCGCAACCAGCAUGCACUUGUCUGGAUAAGAGCCAACAUGUCUGUGGUGUGGAUGUAUUCCAAUGUACCUGAGAACUUGGAUAGCAAUUAGCAAAGCGUGUACUGCAAACAUUUGUAGAGGGGGUGCAACGAGUUUCUGGUUUCAGGUGAUGAAUCAGGUUUAAUUCACCACCUGAAAUCCAAACAUCCCAAUCACCAUUCUGAAUAUGAGAAUGCUGCACAGAGCAGGAAAAUUCCUCUGAGCUUGCCCACUCCGUCUGCGGCAGAUGUUGUAGCCAUAUACACAAGCGGGCAUUGGGGGAAGUUUAACUUCUUAUUUAUCACUUUUAUCAUAACUUUAACAGAAAUCAACAUUGAAACACAAACUCAUCAGCUCCCGCUCUCGGCUGCCUAAAAUUAAAAACACUGACACUUUUUUCCUCUUCUUGCUGCGUCUCUACCGCUCACAACACUUCUCUUCUUAAAACUUUGAGUUGUUUUUUGCUCCUGACUGGCAGGUGCCAUCUUAAGUUGUAAACCACUCAGAACAUGCAGCAACACACUGACCUAAAACCUCAAAAUUCACCUUGCAAUUGCAUAAAUUAAUAUUUAUUUGAUAUUUAAUAUGAAUUUAUACGUUUGCAAUGCCUUUAUUUUAUAAAGAUUAGUACACAGUCAUAGCCAUAAAUACAAUGGUACUAAUAAUUAGCAUAAUAAUUUCUUUUGGUGUUGCGGUUUUCGGCCAUGGUUUCCUCAUUUUCGGUUUCGUCAGAGAAUUUUCAUAUCAGUGCAUCCCUACUUAAAAGCAGAUGUGUGGGAGCACUUAGGUUUUAAAAGGAAGAAGGAAAGCGUUGAUUUAGAUAAAAGUUUGGCGGUUUGCAAGCUGUGUCAUACAAACGUGAAAUAUUCUGGAAAUACAACCAACCUACGAGCGCACCUAAAACGUCACCACCGGACAAGGUAACACACAUUGGCCGAAUAUUGUGAUAUAUAUUGUAUUGUAUCGGUGAUGACACCGAAGCUAAUUGCUUUCAUUAGUAAAGUCUAUAAAGUAAUGGUAUCAUCCAUGUUUAUCCACCAUAAGUGAAACACUAAGCAGCAUUUAACAAGUUACUGUGUUACUGGAAAAACUUUUGAACAGGCAGAAACUUUGAGUCAAUUUAAAACAUUAGCAUGCUUAUAUAUCGAUGAUUUGACUGGACAUUUUUAUUGGCGAUUACUUAAGAAAACUUUUAGAAAAGUGAUAACUUUAAAAAAAAACUCCUGCAGGAAUAUUUAUGCCUGCUUAUUUGUUUGGGUUGGGUUGAUUCACACUAAAUUGAACAUUGGCAUCGACCUUGACAUCAGGUUUGACAAAAAGUCACACUUUUUAACAUUGUUGCUAUUAUCAGCUUUUUGUGCUGGUCCAAAACUUUUAAGAUGCACUCAUCAGCUCCUUUGCCGAUGCCUGGAUCAGAUUUUUAAACAUCUAACACUGAGAUCUUUUAAUGUUUGAAUUUUAGAUCUUAAAGCUGUUGUUUGAAAGUUGAUGAUUGAAUCAUAAAAGUGGAGAGGAUGUUUCCUGUUUUCUCCUACAGUCACUCUGCUCUGUUUAAAAACCCUUAGCAGCAGUGAAUGAUUAUUAUUUAUUCUUAUCUAAUGACUGAUAAAUAUCAUCACUUCUGACUGAGUAACACACCUUAAUUGUUCUUCUACAGGUAUCUGCAGCUUCACAGCUAUGGAAGAGGAACUAAGUUCACCUCAGGACUUAGCCCAGUGUUACCUACCAGCAGCAGAGGAUGAGAAGGAGAAGGUGAAGGACUUUGUGUGUAAGCACCUCAGAGAAGUGACAGAUGGCUCCCUCUUCGGCUCCAUGGAAGAAUCUCCUGUUAAGGAUCACAGCGUUUGCAGCAGGAGGGACAGGCCGGCUCUGAAUAAAGCUCACUGUAAGAUCCAGCAGGGGGCGGUGUUCUCGGGGAAGAUACUGAGUUUUGAAUGCUCUGUGUGUAAAGAUGGUUCCACCUACAGCCCAAACGACCUCCUGAAACAUUUCCGAGCGGCUCACAAAGGAACUCUCCCCACGUAUCCAUGUGAUCUCUGCAGCUUCUUCACCAACGAGUUCCCUGCUCUUCAGCGCCAUCGCAUCGAGCACAGGAACACUUUGGUCACAUGCGAACUCUGCAACGACGACGUUCAGUACUCUCUUCUCCUGCUCACCAGGCACUACAUCAUGUGUCACAGUCUGAACGGACAGUUUUACUGCGACUGGUGUGAGUUUACAACAAUGGAUGCGGGUACGUUCGUCCAGCACAUCCAUCAUCACAAUGAGAGUCCGUGGAAGUGUACAAAGUGCAGACACAUCAGCUUGAGUGAAGAGGACCACCAGAAGCAUAUGAAAGCUCACUCGGGAACAUUUCCCUUCACCUGUCAGAUCUGUGGGUAUGGAGCAGCGAGGAGCGAGUACCUGAAGAAACACACUGCAGCUGUGCACAAAGAGGAAGCCGACAGGAGAAAUGCGUGGAGGUCUGUAGAGGACAACAUCAGUCCAACAAAUUCAUCAACAGGCUUUAAACUACUGCUAAAAAAGAGUGAGUCACAGGAGGCUCAGAGGAUUUCUAAACUGAACUGUCUCUCCGGGACUUUAUCGAACCAAAACGGCCGCCUAAUCAAACCAGAGAUAUCCUUGGAUGAGACCCACUUUGUAGAUGGGACUGGUGCUAAAAAGGACAAAAUCUGGAGCAAAGGCCCUCAUAACAUAGAGCAGUCAGUGCCGGUCAUGCUCCAGGACUGUGAGAACUCUGCAAGCUCUGAAGCCACAGCUCACACCAGCCCAAAUGGACUGACUGUCCUGAUGGUGAAGAACAAAAUCUCUCUCCCUCCAAACUGCACAACCAAAGUCAUGGGGUUCAAGAUGGUUGAGGGCAAAAAACAUUUGGUCCUCAAAGUGAUCCCGACAGCAAAGCAGGACCCAUCCACUCAGAACGGUUCCCCAGUCGAAGAGGUGGGUUCCUCCGCUUUAAACCCAGCACUGGACAAAAGUAAAGUUGUUGUCGAGAAUGGGGAGGGGUCUCACAGCAGGAGCUCAAAUUCACACUGUUUGGGUGUUUCGCCCAGAAGUGGAUCUAUGCAGAUGGAUCAGGAUGAAAUCAUGACCGUAAAGGUCAAAAUAGAGGAGGAGGAAACUUCUGUUUCCAGUUUAGAUUGCACUCCAAACAGAGAGGAAGUUAGGGCACAAACUAAUCCCUCACUAAGCAGGUCGUCUACCUGUGCAGACACAUUAAACCCCGUGACGAAAGAGUUUGACCAAAGCCACCUGAGUCAGACCACCUGCUCAGAGAGAAGUACGCCUGAUAGUUUCUCAGUUUCUGAUGCAGCCAGCCACAACGGCUCCAAAGUCAGCAAUACUUCAGGAAUAUGUGCAGGUAAGGUCACUGGUUUAUCUUCACCUUCAAAAGUGUGUCAGAAAAACUUUCUUUCCAAACAAGCCACCAAAACAAUCGUGGAGACCUGUGGGACUGCUGAGGAGUUUUCACCGAAUUAUACAGCUACUGACAAACACAGAAGGAACUCCUUCAACACUACAGACAAUGACAGCCGGUCCCCUCAAAGUCCUUCAGAAAAAGACCACCCUGAGAAGAUUAGGAUUGAGAUUCAACAUAAAAACGACCAACAAACAGAGUCAUCCCCACCCUCUUCAGGCCAGAGCAAAGAAAGUGUCCUGAGCCCAGAAAACUGCACGAAAAACUCUUCCCCAAACCAAGAAGUAUUUUCUUUUCACAAUUACUCUAAGGAGUCAUUCAGCACUUCCACUAACACUACUCACAAUUCUGACUGCAUGCCCAAACGUUUAGCAGACAAACACAGUAUUUCAGAGUCAUCACCGCGAAGUCCAAGUUUAGAAGAAUCUCUAGAAAUGACAGGGAAUGAUUCAGAGGAAGACACAAGUCUAAGAGAGAAUCAGGAAUUAGGAGACAGUGACAGUGAGGUAAAUGAGUGCAUAGUCGAUUAUCCUCCGUCAGAGGAUGAAAAUCCUGAGUCAGUGCUCCAGGACUUCAAUAUAAUCAAGAUAGAGGAGGAGAACAUUCCUAUUUCCAAAACCCAACCAGAAACGAAGAGCAAUCCAAACUCCUGUGGCAGUUUUGUCGAGGAACACUCCGAUGCAAUCAUCACCCAGCAGCUCAAUAAAGAAAGAGGGGAAAGAGUGAAAUCCUCAAGUGCCAGCACAGAUUCCCUAAAACAAACCAAAACUACUCUACGGAUCCUCCAGCUGCCUGAAGGUAAGCAGCCGGUCCUCCUGAGGACUACUGAGAACCGAUACACGAUGCCAGUGCAGGUCAAAGCCAGUCCGGGUUUUAAGCUGAUCACCAACUCGACAAACCCUCAGAUCAAUGUUUCCUACAUGACUCCAGGUUCAGAAAGAUCGCGGAAACCUGCGGCCCUCCCUCUCAGUCCAAACAACAGGGGGACGGGUGCAUCAGUACCAAAGGGAGGGUCUUCUGAAAAAGGGACAACACUUCUCUCUGCUGUCCAACCAGGUCUUGGCACCACCUCCAAUCACUACUUUAUCAACAGCCCAGGAUUUAAGGGGCCAGUACUCCUCUCUAGUACACCACAUAAUACUCCUACUGAUAAAACUGCAAAGACACAGCAAACUUGCUACUUACUGCAAAGAUCUGUCCCACUCGGUCAGACCCCAAGUACUCCUGGCCUCAGACUUGCAAGCACUCAACUGCCCCUGAGCUCACGGCCAGUCCUUGCCAUGCCUGUAAACUCUGCAGACAAACCCAGCACUCUGCAGCCCGGUCGUCAAGCAUUCCUGCUCCGAUACAUCUCCCCCCCUAAAUCAGGCCUUCGACUGAACAACCAGGAGGCUCCAAAUAGCCAAACCAAUGAAAGUGCUGGAAAUAAAGUCAUUUUUAAAAUCGUCACCCCCACUGGUAGCCUUCUUACGAGUGGAGCUCCUGCCUCAAGCAGUCAACCUUUGUUUUUAGCCACCAGACCGCAGACACAGUGUUUUCUUGUUUCAUCCAACAAAACUAAUGCAAGCACUCCAAAUGCAGUAAAGAAACUGAUCACUAUACAGAACAGUUCGCAAAGAGAGGUCAAAGACUCCUUCAUUUCCACCGGUCAGGUGAAUGUAACCGCACCCCAGUGUGACGCAGAGAAACCCAUUCUUGCCCCAAGGCCCAUCCGACCUCCGAGCCAAAGGAAAAGGCGCAGGAAAGCAUUGUUUGACGAGCUUCCAGAGACGGCGCACAAAGUUAGGAGGCUCGCUAACAAAGUAGUAACUGAGAAAGAGACCCCUGUGUUAUGGAAGCCUGUAGCCAAAGACGUUGAGAGGACGCUGAGACUUGCCCCGUUCAGCUCUCUACAGCAGGUUAAAUGCCCCCGCAGGUACCAGCCUGUGGUGGUUCUCAACCAUCCGGACGCUGAGAUCCCUGAGGUGACCAGUAUAAUGAAAGUGGUCCACAGGUACAAAGGUGCUGUUUCUAAAAUCUCUCUGUCUCAGCAAACUGUCCAAGCACUGUCUGAACUUGGUGCUAAAGGAGAGAGCUCCUUGACCAAAACCGGGUCGUAUCGCAGCGACGAUCCAACACCUCGGCCAGUUCGGAGCUCUGUCCGAGAACGAUUCCUCCUGAAAAUGAAGCUAAAGAAAAAGAGCAGGAAAAAGUACCAGGUGGUGGCCCCAUCGUCAGGGUGCAGCCAAGACCCGGUGGUGUUUACCUGCUGGUUCUGUGGUCGACUUUUUAACAGCCAAGAGGAUUGGAUUGGCCACGGUCAGAGACACCUCAUGGAGGCCACCAGAGACUGGAAUAAACUGUUCUGAAGGUUUCCUGUGGGUUGGUAUCAUGGAACAAAUGGUUGAAGUUGUAUAUUUUUAUAGUGACCUUCAACUUUAUGUUUGUAAUAUUUCAGUCCUUGUAAAUAUAUAUUCUUAAGUGAUCCAUAGUUUAUCUUUCAUAGGUGCUUAUUCUGGUAAAUAUGUACAGACCUUCUACACACAGGUUAGAUCUAUCUGUGAAAAUGGUACACUGUAAUGUAAAGAGCAUACAGCAAGGAGGCGAUGUCAGCACAGGUUAAAAACAGAGUCAGAGUCAAUAACUCAGGUGAUUUAUAUUAAUCUGCUUUGUCAUUUUUCUGAUGAAACCCUGCUUUGAGGGACUUUUGUAUUUUUUUUUCCUGCCCAUGAGGACAGGUAAGUGUACAGGUUAAAGCUUGUUGUUUUAUUCAGUCCUUUUGUGCUUGUGACAGAGAGAAGUUUGGACCCAAAUAGUUCCUUUUUUUACAAUCUUUUAAGUAAAAGAGAAAUAACUUUACACUACGCUACAGUCAGGAGGAGUUUACAGUCUGUCUGUCAGGAUUAUGUUCAUGCAUGUGUCCUUGCUAAAGUAGAUUUAUCCACUGUUAUCUCCUCAUUCUGUUCUUAUCAAAUACAGUUUUCUCUUAAUACAUUGGCGGGGACGUCUCAUGGCUGUAUUUUAUGAAAUAUUUAAAGGGAUAUUUCAGUAUUUUUUAAAGCGAGUUUGUAUGCGUUAAAUGUAAGUGUAUUGGCCUCAAUGGAUGUUAGGCUCCUAUAAUAAGAAAACCCCAGUAGUAACAGGAGGACACAAGGUGUGGUACAUUUUUCUGCUGACGUGGCUGGAUCUGUAAUUUAGCUAAUUUUGAGACACUGACCCAAAGCACUCAUCUCAGUUUAAGGACACAGACUAAUGAGGAUUUUUUCAGUGCUUUACUUAGUCAUCAGAAAGUCCAUUUGUUUUUGCUCUGUUUGCAGAUGCAACAUGCAGAAAGGCUCUUCCACCUGCAGCGCUCUGAUCAGCUGUUCAGGUCUGCAGGCUUGGAUGGUAGGAUCACACUAAGUAAUGAGUGAUUCUGACAGCACAAAUGACCUACCAUUAGUUACUGAAAAUUAUGCAAAACUAAGAUGCAAAAAGAAGAAAAAUCCUCCUUAAAUAAUUCCUGAAUGGGGAAGGAAGUAGGUAUCAAACAGCAUCUAGUGUUCAGUGCAGCAGUGGACUCUGAUUGGUGAUGGUCUCAGACUGCUGCUGUACUCAGAUCCUAAAGAUCCAGAGGUGCUGUUCGUAUCAAGUCUCACUUGAGUUUUUCUGUUUUGGGGGAUCAACUCACAGUUUACACAUAUGAACCACUAGGUAACCCUCCUGCUCUCCAGUUGACACAGAAGUUUCUCUGCUUUUGCCUUCGGUGCAGAGUCGCCUUUACCUCUGUAAACCCUGGUUCAUAGAGGUGUCCACAUGAGUGUGCAGCAAACAGCUGAUCAGUGCUGCACGUCUGUGUGUUUUAUCUGCAAAAAACAAACAGGCUUUCUAAUAGCAAAGCUCAGAGUCGAGAAUUUUCCCUGUAUCGUGCGCUAAACUGAGAUGAGUGUUUAAGUCAGAGUUUCUCAAAUUUGUAAAAUUAUGUAGCAGAGUAAAGCAGCUGGGCAGACCGACAUCCACUGUGGCUCCAAAUCCAUAAAAUGCGACCCAUACAACCUACUUUUAAAAAGACUGAAAUGCCCCUUUAAGCAGGGACGUCUCAUAGCUGUCUGUACUGGAGACAGAAUACUCAUUUCCACAAAGAGCCCCGCUGUUGUUUUAGUUUUCUCAUUUUGUCUUUAGCUGUUUGUCGUCUGAUCCUGUAAGUCAUUUAAUCCAAGUUUUACUUAUGAUUUCUCUCUUGCAGGUUUUGUACCCAGAUUUUACUUUUUGUUAUUUGGUUUAAAGUUUGUAAUUUGACAUCAAAGUCGCUUCUGAACACCAAAUAAUGUCCGAUAUCAUCAUGUUUCAGAAACACCUCAAACACACUUCAGCCAGGUGUCGGAUGACUUGCAGUAUUUUUUCAAACUUUUAGAUCAGCUGAGGUCAUGGCUGUUUUAUUUCAACGAGUUUAUCCAGAAAUUUCUAAAUGAUUAACUUUGUCACCCGUUUUAAUAUCAUAUCAUUAAGUUUGACCAUUUUUCAUCUAAUCAUGUUUUUAAUCUCUGAUAAAUACUAGGAGGGCAAGGUCUUCAAAGGUCUGUUCAAUUUUUGACCAUCCAACACCAACACAUUUCUCUCUAGAAUGAAUACAUUACCUUUUCAAAUGAUGACAUUUUCCUAAAAUAAAAGAAUUCCUCUUGAAUUAAAUACCCUACCAUUCAUAAUGAAACUGUUACCAUAUAAAUUUGAAACAUUACCUCUAUGAGGAAGACAUUUGUUUUCAAAAUUUAAUACGUUACCCUCUAAAAUAAAUACAUUUUCCUCGUAAAUGACACCAGUUCUAUUUUAAAUAAUUUCAUGACCCUCCAAAAGAAAUGCAUUAUCAUAUCUAAUAUAUUAUAUAUAUUCCCAAUGGAAUGGAAGUGCAUAACUCAGAAAUUACAACAGUACCCUUUGAGGUUAUUCCAUCAUCCUGCCCUCAAAAAUAAAUUCAUAAAUUUACAGAAUAUUUCCCCACAUUACAAAACAUCACAACCAUUUACAUUUGAUGCAUUUCCUUCAAAUUAUGUUGAGCUGUAGCUGUCUGAUAAAUAUUAUGACAUAAUAUUGUGAAAGUGGGUUGGUCAGUGUUGGUGCAAAAGGAACAGCUAACAAAGUUUGGGGAAAGGCAAAAGUUUACACACAAAGAUAAUUCUUCAUUUCAAUUUCAGUUUGUCCAAUCAGUAGUUUCUGUUACGAGUCAGUCAUUUCAGGAAUGAUUUAUUGUUUUAUCCUGUUUUAUUCUGUUUUAUUCAGUAGAGUUUGAAACUGUCCUUGAGCUCUGAAUGUUACCUGUGUUUGAACUCGUCGUCACCUUUCAUGAAAUCACUGUUCUACUGUAACCUGCUUGCUGUUUUCAGCUCAGUGUGCUCCACAUACUUUAUCAAUGUUACAUUGAUUUUAUUCUUCCAUGUGAACAUGACUUUGUGUUUUUGUCUUCAUGCUUUUAAUAAUUGCAUUAAACAAAGAACAAACAUUGAACUUUAUGUUUUAAUCUGUUAAAUAUGCUGCAGCAACAAAAUGCACCCAUGGUAUCUUUAUUUUUGAUUUUUACUGUUUUAAAGGUUCCAAAAAACAAGCUUUUAGCAAUGUUUUAGUAUUUAUUUCAUUGACAGAAGGAAGAGGGUGAACUUAGACAUCAUGUCUUAUUGAAAAAAUUCAAACAUAUUUGAGUUUACUCCUAAAAUAAUGGGAAUUGAUGAUUUUAUGUUGGUUUAUUUUACAGUUUAGCAUAGAAACUGAAAGCAGUUAACUCUGAUUUAAUCACUUGAUGGAAUUUGACUAAUGUCCCUAAAGAUUAUGUGAACAGAAUUAAGAUUCGUCUAGGGUCAGCCAGAGUAUGGCUGGUUUAGUGUUAUUGUGAGGUACGUUUAUUAAGUGACGAUGGGUCUUGUAGCACUUUUCACAAAUAACUGUCUCAUGGUGCUUCACAUCAAAUUAAAAAGUGCAACGUAUAAAGUCAAUAAAAUGAAUAAAUCAGAGUUUCAUAAGGUAAUGAUGAAACUUUUAAAAAACAGCACAACAUUAACCAGUAAAAGAAAAAAGGAUUGGUGUAUGGUAGGUUUAAAUUUUCUCACAUUAAAGCUAAUUUUCUUUUAUAAUAAAUUCAUGUCAAACAGAAAUGCUGAGUUACAAACCCCCUUGGCUUCAGAAAACAAGUUUAGGUCUCUGACAGUGAAUUAAGUUUUGAUUUUCAAGUGUUUUCUGUAGUAUUUCAAGUUGCAGUCAGCUUUUAUUGUCCUUUAUGUGUAUUAACACAUUAUUAAAGGGGUGCCAUAAUGUGUGUAUAAAUCCCCUACCCCACAGUCCGUCAAAACCAUGUUAGCUGCUGUCUGGUCUGUGUGGUUUAAAAGGAUUGGUGCCCUUUCUGAGUCGGUCUCCUCUCUGUUAGUAAUACCGGAAACACCCAGAAGAGAGCAGCACUAUCUUAAACAUCUCUGCCUCCUGGUUUGAGCUGAUGGAAAUGACUGUUUUCUUCAGGUCCAACAGAGGAGUUAGAGAUGGACCACUUAAUUCUGAAGGGAGGACACCCGGCCAUAAUGUGUAAUAUAGGUUUACAAAAUGUGUAAUACACCCUUUUCGUCAAACCCCAGCUGAGUGCUGCAGUGUUGGAGUGCCCCCUGAAAAUAACCAGCGGUGAAGGAGAAAGCUCUGACUUUGAGAAAAUGCAUUAAGUGGCAGUUUGAAGUAAUGUGUGUCUAAACCAGACAGAAAUUAUGGUCAAAUAUUCCCUCUUAAAAUACGAACGAACAAUAUUGCUGCUGUUUAGUGGUUCAUUUCCAUCUGGAGACAUCACUCCAUCCUGGUCAUCUUGUGGGAGACUACAAUGCUGAUCAACGCCGUACACUGUGAUUGAUAAUCUUCCCCUUUCAGCCAGAGAGCAAGAAACUUCUUCACUGUCUUUGUUCAGCAGUUUCAGUUUGGUCUUAGUUUUCCUCUUAGCUUUUGAAAAUAGACAGAAAUGUGUUUUGAUGAGCAAACUCCACAGCCUGAGAUUAUGACGGGGAGCGUUUGACCCUUUGCUGCACUGUCCUCGUUAUUCUGGCAUUAAAGAGUGUGGACUUCACAUGUAAUUCAAGGUGAUACAUGUCAUAUAUUCAGACCAUUAUGAUAACUAGUCAUUUAGCAUUUUUCCAUCAGAUAUCUUGAUGUCUUAACCUGCCAUACAGCAGUAAGCAAACCAUCCAAAAGCCAGGGUCCAAGUCGGAAAGGCUCUGAUUGUCCUCCAUGCAGAUUGAAGGAAGGAAAAAAUCACUCCCUACACGCCUCACACUACAGGACAAUCUGGCAAGGUAAUCACAAGAACCACCUGAUAGUAAAGCCUUUGCUGACUUUUAUUGGAAGGCGGAAUCGGGCCAAAAUCACCACGAUAACAUCAAAGUGUGUGUCUCGCUUCAGCUCCCUCUGUAACCUUUACUGUGCAUCAUUGGCUAAGGUCACUGCACCAGUCAAGAAGCUCAUCAGUGGCAAGGUGCCAGGUGUGGAGGAGAUUUGCCGUGUGAUGCUAAGGGCUCUGGACAUAGCUGGGCUGUCUUAAGUGACAUGCCUCAUCAGUGUUGUAUUGAGUUCCUGUGGAAGGAAACUCCAGCCAAUCCCUGUACUUUGACCACAGGAGGAACGGGGAGAAUUCUGUUCUGGAAAUUGCAUGGACCAACUCGUUCCUCCUGAGGGGUUAGUCUGGAAGGUGUAUGGAAGUUGGGGUUUUGGUUCAUAUUGCUAUGAGCCAUCUGGUCUUUCUUUGACCAAAGGGAGAUCUGUGUCCACACAAACUCACACACAUUCCUGGUUUCUUCCAGGGUGCUCCUAGUUGCUGGUUCCACACGAUCUCAAGGUGCAGCCUUGGGAGCAUGGUUUCAGUUUGAUGGCCCCAGAAUAUCACCUCAGCUUUUGCAGAAGAUGUGGUUCUGUUGGCUCCUUCAAGCUUGGACCUCUAUUGGGCUAUACUUGCAGCUGAGUGCAAAACAGCUGGGAUGAGCCUCAGCACCUCUAAAUCCAUGGAUCUGAGCUUGAAAAUUGCGGCGCUUGCCAAAUCGGGGAGUGAUUCUCUGGACUGUUGUGGUGAAGGGGGAGCUGAACCUCCAAAGCUACGACUUCAGUAGUUGAUCUACACUCUGACACUCACCUGUAGUCAGUCAUGAACGAUGGGUAGGGGCUAAAAGACCCAAAGUUGAUCUAAAACAUUGGGAAAUGUCUGUUCAAUUUGGCAAAUUAACAGUUAUUUACUCACAUUUUAUUUACUCUAGUAGCAGGAGUGUUUGGAAAUCAGGGUUUACCUGAUCUAAGACUGACUUUGCUGUGAGGCCUUCUUGCUAGAAUAAGGUAAAGGUGCUUUAGUUCUCACAAGACAUCUAACAAGAGCUCACAAGCCGAUCACUGAGUGCAGCAGAUCAUUUCCUUGAAGUAAUAAUCAUCAUAAUAAUCAUUUUGCACUGCAGACGCAGUAGUUCUUCUGCCUUAGCAUCUCGGUCUGAUUGCAUUUCCAUGAAGUAAUAAUCAUAAAUGUUCUUCCUUGAGCUGAGGAACUCCACUGCACUCGGUGAUCGACUCGUCUGGGCUCCCCCACAAACAAGCGGCUGCUGGAAGAGAUUGGGUGAGUUGUGUUUAGUCUCUUUGCUUAAGAAAUCAGGCAAAGCUAAAAAGAUGUUUGAUGGCUAGUACUAUGGCUGGGACCCUAUAUGUACUGUCGAUGGAGUUAGGUGCUGUUCUGAGAAUUAUUUAUGAUUGUUUUCAGUGUUUGUGCAUUAAGGAUAAAAUUUAAUCUGGUCUUGAAUCUAAAAAUUACCUGGCGAAAGAAGGAAAUGGAUGGAUGGAUUUUUUAAUAUUAGUGUACACUCUAUUUUAAUUGUUACAAAUAGUUUAAAUUGAAUGAUGUUGAAUACUUACAUUUUAUUAAAAAUGUUACUCAAUACAUUUUUAAAUAAUCUAAUAAGAGUUGAUCUGUUGGUGUAUAUUCCUCCCACUGGCCCAGUAACAGGUCAUCCAUGUAGUAAAUAUGUAAAAAUGGGUUUAUUUUACACAGUAAAGGAGCACAGCAUAAUUUUAAGUUUAUUAUUUUCAUCAUAAAUAUUGUUAAAUCAAAUGCAUAUACCACAGGGUUGUGCAUAAAUUUGACACAUUAAAACACUCCCACAGAUGUGCAGAAAAGCCUUAUUUAUUCAUAACCCUAUGAAUACUGAUUUAAUUAAUAAUUGUUAAAUAAUAUUAGGUCUAUUUUUGUCUUACAAACCCUGGCAGCAGUUAUUUUAAUGUAUGUAAAUGUUAUUUAUUGUCAUGAAUAUUGUUAAAACAAAUAGAUGCAUAAUAACAGUGUUUGUCAUCCAGGCCCAGGCAGCAGAAACACAGUUUAUUUAUGCAUUAAAACAUUAUUUAGAGUCAUGAGCUGUUAAAAUAAAUGGAUGUAUGAUAAUAGUGUUUGUCAUACAGGCUCACUCUGCAGGAGCUCGGGCAGGUCUGCAGGCUUCUCUGGGCUUUAAAAUAGGUCAUGUUCACAUCAGGGACGUCUGAAUAAUUUUUCUGACUCGUGUGCUGCUGAAGUGGUUCAGGCCAGAGGCAGAGGAAGAGGAGGAAGAGGAGAAAGAGGAGGAAAGCUGAGUGUGGGGGGAGGGAAGGGGGUCUCUCACAGUCACAGAGGUUAACACACACAUGAACAUUUAAAAAAAUCUGAUUUAAAAUCUUUCACUGUGUGUUUGGUUAGACUCCACUUAAAGACAGCUCAUCCAUUUCUGUCACCACCACACAACUCUGAUGCUGCCAGGGCUGUAGGGGGAACAGGUCCCUCAAGGUUAGGGCUGUCACAGUUUAUAGAUAUUGACAGUAACCCCCCUCCUUCAAAAUAUGAAUAUUGAUAUCGUGCUUAAAUUAAGCAUUCGGUAAUGCCAUGAGUCUAAAGUAGUGGUCCUUGUGAGCUCACUUUGAGCAGCUAAAUUCCAGGUUUUACUCUGAAUCCAAAAGCAACGUUUGAGCUUGUGACUUUUUUUAGAUUACCAAUCAACUGAAAGUUUACUCUGUUUAAACACAUCUCUAACUGUUUUCAUUCAGUUCUGCUAAAGCAUCAAAACAUCAGAUAUUCACUUCAAAAUAUCAUGAUAGUGAUAUUAUCGACACAAUGAGUCAAACUGAGGAAACGCGAGAAAAGAGUGAAGAUCCAGGUUACUGAUAAACAAAAUGUUGACAUGUCAUCAUUCAUUUCCAGUGAUGUUUAAAUUUAUUAUUCAUUAAUCAUUGAACCUUCUCUGAAUGUUGCCUCAUUAGACCAAUUUUUUAUGCUUUUAUUUUGAAAUAUAAGCUAAUAAAAACAAAGAAUGAUUUGAAAAUAUAAAUGGAUUGAUUGGUUAUCCAGAGACACUAGCGCUAAUGUUUUUGAUUGCAGUAAAUCUUUGACUAUUACUUUUUAAAAGUGUCAAAUGGGCUAGCUUUUUUUUUAAUCUCUCUAACUAACCAGUGUAAAAAACUACCUCUUAUUUUUAGCCUGAUUUUAAUGUUUCAUUUUUCGUAUAAGACAGCUAUGGCCAUUUCUGGCUCAACAAGACUCAGCUCUUUCGGCUUCCAAUGGCUCAUACCACCCACCUCAGAUGAGGUAACGGUUGCUGCGACAGUCCGUGUUUGCAGUUUCUCCUUCUAUUUCUGCUUCUGCUUGCCGACUUUAUUCAUGCGCAGAUGCAAUAGAACAAAAGAAAACAGAUUAUACCUUAAACAUGCACCGAAUAGAGCAGAUUAUUGGGUGUAAACCUCUGUGAUCUCAUUAAUACUCCAAUAAUGACCUUUAUCUGGUAAUGAAGAUCAAAUCAUGCUGUUGACAUGACGACUUGAGCAGCAAGGUAUUCUUGUAUCAGAUAACAACAGGUUUAUCUGUGUGCAUGAAAACACACUCAAUCAUUCAAUCAUAUACAUAUAAAAAACACAUAUUUAUAUGUAUAUAUUUGAAUGUGAGUGUGGUGUGUGUGUGUGUGCUGAUCAGUGAGCAGUCCUGCCGUAGAAAAUGACCUUUAGAUGAAGCAGAGGGAGAACAGUGAGUCAUGUUCACAGUUAGUCUUUAUUGGAGUGCAGACGACACACAGUGCUCACACUGACACUGACUGUUUAAAGGUGUCGCUUUGUUUCUCACACUGAAGGUGACACACAUUUAAUGUCACAUCGAAGAAUGUCUGUGUGUUUGGACAGAAUCAGUGUCAUUAUCACAGGUGAACCUACCCCACCCCCACACAGGAAGACGCUUAAAGCUGUCGUAACGCAGAAACACAACAACACGUCACAUGACGAAAAUUGUCAUGUCAGCUGACCUCAGGUUUUCACACCGAGAGACGUCGACUGAUUGUGAAUGCCUGUG